AUGUUUAACCUGUGGACAGAUGAAGAUGUCAAGCAGCGGCUGUACAGAUGUGGGGUCCAUAUGUUGGGAAUCCUCAGCUGGGUGCCACACACAAGACAUCACCCUCCUGUUGCCGACGAUGGCGAUGUCAUGCUGCUGUGCCGCACGUAUGCCAUCCUUGCAGCUAUUGGCAGCCGUCUGCGCCCCAAGUUCCGAAUUGUAGCUGCACAAGAUGUUCCGGGGUGGAACCACAGGGCGCAGCAGCAGCUGCUGGUGCUGCUGCCGGUGCUGCUGCUGGUGGUGGUUGUGGUGGUGGUGGUUGUGGUGGUCGUGGUGGUGGUGGUCACGGUGGAGCAGCAACAACCCCAGCAGCAACCUCAACAACAACAUGUGCUGCCGCACACACAGUAUGAUGCGAUGCACAUCUGUGACGAGCGUGCAUGCAUCAACCCGUUUCAUCUUGUGUGGGGAACAUGUGCUGAGAACCGGCGUGGUCAUCAAGGACGGGAUGGUAGCAUGGGCUAUAGCCGCCUGCCUCCGGUGCAGCAGGGCAGCAUCCUCCGUUUCGGAAGCAGCAGCAACAUUUCAGCGGCAGCAGAGCAGGAAGUAGGAGAUGCUGCUCGGAUGUUGCUCUAUCUGUUUGAUGGGCACCCACCAAUUCGGAAAUGA